GCACACAAGAGCUCACAYGAUGAAAAUCUUGCUAUCCUGUCUGUUAGUGUUGUUGCUUUCAGAAACCGGUUAUGCCAGUGGUGAUGGUGAUGGUUUUGACAACAGUUUCACGGGUACACUAGUAGAGAAAAGCAGUGGAAAAUGCAUUGCAGCAUACGUCCCAGCAUCAGCGGGAGAGCAAGCGCAAAUUCCAGAGGGUAGUUCGAUGUUGGAGUUGAGAGAUUCAAGUUGUUUGAUUUUUCGAUGGGUCUUGGGUGGCUCUUUCUCAACUGUGACACAAAACAACGUCCGUGCUUUUUUGUACAUAUGGAGGUUUAACGCUGUUCUCAUGAAACCUGAGGAAGUGGAGGCAGAUCGAACAGAGAAAAUUGAUAGAAUCUUCUUCAAGAAAGAUGGACGGAUUUUCGUGAAAAAGGAUACAUGCAUAACUGCUUCUCGACAUCGAUACAUGCAAUUCUCUGUUGAUUGUGGAGCAUCAGUAAAUCGUUUUCGGUUCAUCGUACACUAUGCGGGAAGCGUAAACGAACAAGCUAUGGCCUGGUUCAGUGAAUCUCCCGAAAAUGCCAACACGAUCGACGCAAGCCAAAAUCAUUGCGAAAAAUGGGAUCGUAGGCUCUGUACUUUAGCAGAAGUAUGCCCUUCCAGUCCCGAAGGUCAGAGUGCUGCCGGCAUAAUAGUUUCUGAAAGUUCCAGUAAAAGAGCUGUUCUCGUGGAAGGACAGACAUUCGUUGACGCAACGAAUUGUAAAACAGUGUCUGAUCAACUACCAAGUUAUACUGUAGAUGGUUUUUUAUGCUGUCCUACUGAUGCUCGGCCAACACCUACAAACCUUGUCAGCGGUGGUUACGGCUUUCUAAUGCAUAAAAGUGGAAAGUGCAUAGAUUAUAAGGCGGACGUUCUGUCUCUCAGYGAUGACUGUAACAGUCAAAGUGCUCUCAUGAUCUGGUCACGUGAUGGAUCUAUCAAGCAGGGUACUGAAUGUAUAGUUCCUGAGUCAUUUGGACAGUGCCCUCCUUUUCAGUUCACGAAUGACAACUCCCUACGAAACGCAUUUACCGGAAAGUGUUUGGUCCCAACUUCGGAAGAUGUGAACCCUGCACAUGGCACCGUGCUAGUUCAAAGGGCAGCGUGUGGAGAGGAAUACUCCAGCUUUGUAUUAAAGAGAGUACAAGGAUACCUGAAACAUUCCAGCAACAAAUGUGUGGGUGUAAAUGCAAACAAACUUGUCAUCAAGGACUCGUGCACUUCAUUUGAACAAGUUUUUCACAAAGACGAGUUCUCAUCUUUUCUGAUUCAUUUAGCAAGUGCAAAGUGCGUCUCAAAACCCAGCCAAGGUGGUGAGGCCCUGACUCUAGUAGAUUGUACAUCGAAAUUAGCGGCAACUUUGACAUUUGAUGGAACAAUUCUCGGUUACAGUGGGGGCAAGUGCUUGAAACCACGAAGUGGAGGAGAGAGUCCGGCAGAUAACGAAGAAUUGGUAAUCGAAACAGGAUGCUCGACUGCAGCGUCAAAAUUUCAUUUUGCAGAUGCCUUAAUUUGCGAAGGUGAGUCUUGCCAAUGCGUGGAAGGAUACGAGAARCACAGUGGACAAUGUUUUCCCAUCAACAACUGCAAGCUUAGUAAUGGUAAUUGCACUGGAGAAUUAARGUGCGUUUAUACAGGCCCUGGUACAAGCAUGUGUCUAUGCCCCACUGGUUAUCAGCUGAAUUCAGAUGGAAUAACUUGCGAACAAUGCCCAGACAAGAACUGCUACAGUCAGUGUCAGUUUAUAGAUUACAAUGAGCUUAAAACUAUAACAAACCGGCAAAGUCAUGUUGAGAUUCGAUUCAUGAAUAUCAAGACAUCUGAUUUAUCGACAUACAUAGGAGCUACCAAGGAACUUGUAAUUUAUACACAGCAGCUUAUUAUAUCUGGGGUUCUAAAUUUACCUACGGUCAUAGAAAAAGUCGUCAUCUUUGCAAAUGACGUCGUGAGUGAAGAGGGAGCACAAAUUGUACUUCGGAAUAGCGAACCAGAAGGUCGCCGUACAGUUAUUAAAGUUGAAAACAACAACCUCUUGUGCGAAAACCGCUAUUCUGAUGAAUGGGAACAGUCURACGAGGGAGCAAUAUUUGACAUCUAUACAUCUAAAACAUCAGCACCUUUCUCGUGCUCUGGAAACUACAACUCGAUGGACCUGUCAAUACAAGAUAUUAUCAAAUCUAAAUCCAUUCCAAAGAGAUCUCUAGACGCUGAAUUUUACUCUAUUAUAUUAAAUUGUGCCAAGGUCAAGGCGCAAGGAACGCCAUUUUCAAAAGAUGGCAAGUUGCUCAAGGGAAGCCUUCCUGUGUCAUUGGUUGAAUAUGUUCUGGAUGAUAUCAGAGCGGCUAAGGAGGGACAACUGRAUACAUCGUCAGCAAAUGUGUUAAGAUUGAAUGCAAAGAAUUUGAUGGAAGAUCUGUCCAUUCGUGCCAGUGGAUACCAUAGAGUUCCUUACUUGUCUCUGAAAGCGCACGAGAAGAUUCUAGUCCUCAUCAAGGAUGACGCCAAAAUGGCCAUACAAAAAUACGAAAGGUUCGAAAGAAUAACUCAAGAUUUUGAUGCAGGAAUUGAGGCGACAAAUUCUAUGACUGAACUUAUGACAACUAUCGUAAGGAAAAACGAUCUGGACGUUGAAUCUCUAAAAACGCAACUCGAAGCAGCAAAAGCGGACUCGAAUGCAAUGAAAAACAAACUGGAAGAAGCCAAAAGUGCCUUAGAAACUGCAAGAAAAACUUUCGAAGAAGGGGUCCGUCAAUACCAAAACCAAAUGAUUGUAAAUGCAGUGUUUUCUGUACUCGGUGGUGUUGCUUCGAUAUUUGCUGCCGGGGCUGGUGGUGUCGUUGGUUUUACGAUUGAACUCGGUGAUCUGGCMGCCGAUAUUGGCAAAUUGCAGAAAACCAUGUUCAAGUUAGGCAUUAUUAUGGAUUCUAUUAGCAAUAUAGCAGAUGCAGCAAAURCAUUCACGGACCUUCAUUACGAUGUCAUACCUUAUGCUGGUGCUGAAGCCUCAGAUUACUUUUCAAAGUCAAUACCUGAGUUGGGAGACAAGAGUUUGGCAGUGAUGCUACUGGAGUGGGAUGUAUUUGCAACACAAGCAGACGCAUUUCUUGGAGUUGGAACAGCCAGUGGAAUAUCAGGAGCAUCAGAUUAUUUAGCAGCGCUUAACACAGUGGCUAUAUGGGGAAAAGGAUACCACGAAAAAACUAUUACCGUACAAGAGAUUCUAUCGACCUUGACUAAGCUGGAGACACUUCAGAAYGACCAGCAUGAUGCACAAGAGAAGAUAAAAACAUCUCGAGAAAAUGCACUUGCUAACAGAAGGGUCAAUGGAGUACUCCUAGUCGAAAUGUCACUGCAAAAACAGCGACUUCGUAACAUAAUGAUUGACAAGCUAAUGCUCUUCUGUGAUUCUUAUUUCUACAACUGGCUGUCGAAAUGCCCUGUAACGCCAUACAUGUCAGAUGACUUGUAUGCGUUGCAUGAGAAAGUGAAUCAGGGACUCAGCGCUGUUAUCAACGCUGUAGAGAAUUUUGCACCUUUCGUUCCACAGGAAUUUGAAGCAACAAUUAUCCUAAAGGACGAUAAAGAAAAAUGCAGUGCUGACAGGAAAAAGAGGUCUGCUGAUGGUGCAAAYCAGUUGGCMAAGAACACAUUAGAAUGCCCUGUUUCAGAGCUCAAGCGCGCUAAAGAAUUUCUAUUCAAGAUUGACGAAAAAGAUCCACUCGUCUUUAAGGGACAUGAGCGGGUCCACGUUGAAGAAAUUGAGGUUUUUUUUGAAGGGGCUAAAUUUGAAAGUGAAAAAGUCUCUCUAAAAGACGUUAUCACAGCAUGGAUUUCAUUUACCGGAAUGAUGUCAGACAUCUUCAGGGGAAAUCGUUAUCAAUUCCUUGCCCCUCCUCGAAAUAUAGAGUUCUCUUACAGGAUUACACCACGUUUCUACAAAGUAACUCAGUAUGGAAAAGUAAGCAGCAAAUUUCAAGAAUUCUACGACGGUAUUUCUGCACUUACGACCUGGAGAGUUAUCCUUCCUAAAUUAGUUAAUAGAAAAAACCUUAAUUUAGACGAAGUUAAGCAGAUUCGGAUCAACCUCAAAGGGACAAGAGUACCUAUACAGCCUGUAAAAAMACCUCAACGCGAUGCUGCCGAUGUCCUGGGGAUAGCAAAAGAUCAUGAAGCAAGGAAUGGGACGACAGAAAAUUAUUUUAAGAAAAGGUUUAAAGUACAUCAAAUGUCCUUGCAAAAUCAUCCAAGGAAAAGGAAUUAACUUGCUGUCAUGUAAUAAAUUCAAUAAAACUUAUGUUUUAUUUUCAACUGA